AAAUGCAGAACCAUGGCGUGUUUCACAGCCACGUACGGAGUGGCUGGUAUUGUGACCUCCGCCCUCAGUAUGUACAUCAAUUCUCAGAUCUCAACCCUGGAGAAGCAGUUCAACUUCAGCAGUUCAGUCAGCGGUAUCCUCAUGUCGUGCAACGAACUGGGCUACUUGUCCACUACCUUGAUCAUGAGCUACUUUACCCGACGGGUGCACCUACCUAGGGCCAUGGCAUUCUUCACUUUUCUGUAUGGUCUCUCUGGCUUGUUCUGUACAGUGGCUUUCUUUGGCACCAGGGAUCAAAUACCCAGUCCACCGAAAGAGGCUGAUGGAUUUGGAUCAGGUAGUUCCACACCUAUACUAUUCACCCAGACCUGUGUGAACACAACAAUGCCCUCCAACACCAGCUGUGGGGACAACACAAACAGAGCCAAGGCUCCCUUUGAGAUUUCUGAGACGUGGAGAACUUUGGCUAUUGCUAUUCUUGCUGUGGGGAUGAUUCUCCAAGGAGUGGCCAAGUCUCCAAGACAUCCAUUCAUUGGGACAUACGUGGAUGAUAACGUGCCGAAAACAAAGACGCCGUUAUAUUUAGGUAUUAUAACUGGAUUGUCUAUUUUUGGUCCUGCCUUAGCUUUUGGAAUCGGGGGUAUGUUCAGCAGUAUGUACGUCACAUUAGAAGAAACGAAUAUUUCUCCUCGAGAUCCUAGAUGGUUGGGAGCGUGGUGGUUGGGGUUCCUACUGUUUGGAGGCCUUGGUCUCGUGUUUGCCAUCCCACUCCUUUUCUUCCCUCGUCGCCUGCGUAAACAGGAACGGCCGGUAGCUGUUACAGAAAAGAAGCACGGCAACAAGAAACGACUAAUGAAAUGUUUAUUCGAUUUCAAAGAUUUCUUGAAAUCAAUGUUCAGACUUGUCUUCAACCCCGUCUACGCUUGCGUGGUACUUGGCACCUGUAUGAAUCUUACUGUGGUCAGUGGGAUAAUGUCAUUUAUGGCCAAAUACAUCGAGACGCAGUUUACAGUCACUGCUAAAGACGCAAAUUUGUCACUGGGUGCCAUCAAUGUCCUAUCGGCCUCAUUUGGAUCCAUCUUUGGCGGGUAUUUAACGUCAAGGUUCAAGUUGUCUCCCGUGGCUUGCCUGAAGAUGAUGAUUGGCUGUAUUUUGAUCUCCACAAGCCUUCUGUGUGCGGGGUUUUUCGUGGGCUGCAGCCAGCCAGUUAUACACACAGGAUUCGACACAAACAAUUCCAGCCUGUCUCCUUGUGUACGAGACUGUAACUGCGACGAUGGCAACUUUUUCCCGGUUUGUGGAGAAGAUGGGAGAAACUACUUCUCACCUUGUCAUGCCGGGUGUUUGUCUAUUGAUAAAGGGGUGUUCUCAAACUGUAGCUGCCUAACCUCUGCGGGGGUCAGCACAGCGAAGGGAGGCCUGUGUGAACCAGACUGCAACAUGUUGUACGUCUUUCUUGGAUUCACUUUCCUGGGAGCCUUUACCGCAACUCUGACCAUCAUGCCAGGUUUCGUUGUCAGUGUCAGAUCUGUGAAGGAAGUAGAUAAGCCAUUAGCUAUUGGCCUCAGUGCCUUUGCAGGAACUUUGCUGGGUAACACAAAUCUUCGUGGCCUCAUCGACACCACCUGCCUGCUAUGGAAGACAACCUGCACUUCCGUUGGCGCAUGCACAUUGUACGACAUCGAGCUGUUCCGUUUCCGGUAUCACGCUCUCAGCCUUGGACUACGAAUUAUCACUGUGGCUUUCUAUAGUGUGGCUCUUAUAAUUGCCGUGUGCUCCAAGAAAACAGUUUUUCAGCCGCAUUUGGACGAAAUCUCCAUCAAACAAGCCACAGAUUUAGAAAAGAUUGUAGAACUGGACGGCGCAGAAAUAGCGCUGAUAAUCAAUGAUCCUGCAAUAAGAGAAACUGACUUAAAAUAG